AUGACCUCGCAAUCUUCCGCACCACGCAGUUCGUCCAGCUCAGGCAGGUCUCAGUCGUCAAGGACUGUUGUGCCCGAUAGACAAAUUUCCCAAAUCGAGAAAAGUGUCACCCAUCUCCUUGUCGCUACAAAACAACUGCUGGAGACCUUGACCCAAUGGUCUCGAAGACAGGCGUCCGAGAACGAAGUCUCAGACGUCUAUGUGCGAUUGGGUUAUGAAUUUAACCUAGCCUGCCGCGCCUUCAAUGCGAUUGGUGUUGAUACCUCCGACCUGGGCCCAGUGCCCGACCUCCUCCGCACAAUCCUCGAAGAUACACUGAGCCAGGAUGCGUCUCCUCAGAGCCUCGAUCGAUACCUGCCUCGUAUUCGUGACAUCAUUAUCAACCUCCUCCAUGGUCUCAAGAAGAAGCAGGCUCGCUUGCGCUCGCGGCAGCAAAGGGAAGAAAGCCGUCCCUUACCUGGCCGGCAGGCAAGCUCGGGGAGUGCCGUCAUAAACCAGAUGUAUGAGGAAGCCACAGCCACUGUCACGUCUCCGAAAAGGCCAGGUGGUCGCCGGCAUGGAAGCAAUGGCUCACUCGAAGACCAGUCCGGUGGGGCUCAUGCUGGUUCUACAGUGCAGCCUUCAAGCGACGCGAGGGGCACUAGCUACUCGGAGAGAGAAGCGUCAAGACGAGAGGCGCAGCAGAUCCUAUCUCAGCCAUCGCAACCUGAGACCGAAACUCCCUCCAGGGUAGCCAUGCCUUCACCCGACUUCUCUGGUUAUCCUACUCCGCCACCUCCACCCCCUCCCCCCAAGCAGGACGAUGCUUUGGGUGCUUUACAGAGAAGUGGAGAACUGGAAAGACGGGCCUCGCGGCGGUUUUCCGCCUACCAGAUACAAAAACAUUUGGGAGCAUCGACAAAUGGCGUCCCCGUUCUGCCAACCCAGAAUUCUCCCGUCCCAAAUCGUGGUCGUGAUGUCCGCGAAUCUUUAAAUGCGGUUCGCUUGCGAGGGUCUUACGCGCACGGGAGACAACGGUCGACGAAUCGUCCGCAUGAUGCGGUUACCCCAAGCAAAACUGCGAAGCCCUUGCCAUCCCCUCACCCUGCCCAAGGAGGAGAGGACGAGCUCACCAAAGCUCACACCGCAUCUCCAACAGAGCCUCAGGCAAAUGGUUCCGUUGCACCCCAAAUACGUCAGGACAAAGUGCCACACCGGCCUGGGGAUAACCCUACAGUCACCGGAAAACAACCUGGGCUGCCUCGGUCUGCCGAGGAACCAUCCCUGGCGGAGGCAUUUGAACCGACCAAGGAUUCUUCCAUACCUAAUGAAGGAGCAACGCCGGGCACACCAAGCUCAACCAUCCAACGACCCUCUACUGGUGUAUCAACGCCACCGCAGACCUCGCAGUUUACGUCCGAUCAGCCGUCACCUGGAAAAGAGCUUACCUUAUUUUUACAGUACAAAAGCAAGAUCAAAAAAUAUGUUCUUCCGGAAGGCUACAGCGGGUUAACCAUCGGAAGACUGCAGCUUGCGUUCAUUGAGAAAUUUGCGUGGAACACACACAACAACGGGGUCGAUCUGCCAGAGAUAUAUAUUCAAGACCCGAUCUCCGGGGUGCGGCAUGAAUUGGAAGAUUUGAAUGACGUCAAAGAUAGAUCGGUCCUUGUCUUGAAUGUGGAUAUACUUGAUGAGGUCAAGAAGCAUUUCGAUGAUGAGCUUGGGGGAGUUCGUCGUCUGAUUGAAGGCGUGAAGGGCUCUCUUGAUGGACAAGAAAGUAUCAUUCAGCGCGUGUCAGACCGUCAACUAGAGGCCGCAAAGGAGAUUGCGCGCCUGGCCGCCGCGCCCCCCGUGUCAAUUCCCACUUCUCUUCAAGAUGGAACCGCUCGGAAGGGUUCUAUUACUGGAAGUAACAGCCAACUGGCUGAACUUCAGAGUUUGAAGCGUGACCUUGCAGUGCUACGGCAGACAUACUCGAAUUUCUCCUCGGAUAUUUCUAGCUCGAUGAAUGCGAUUCGCACUAAGGCAAAUAGUGUCAAAUCUGCGGCUGCAGAUGUUGCCGUGCCGUCUUAUGAAGGCGAUGCUGGUCGUGCCCGUGUCAACGCCGGCAAGAAAGAACUCGCAGAUGAGUCGGAACGACUCGUUGGGCGCGUCGACGACCUUCAGGAUUUGGUUGAAGAUCUUCGUAAAGACGUGGUAUCACGUGGAGUCCGACCACUCCCAAGGCAGCUAGAGAGCGUCAGCAAAGAAAUCAGCGCCGUCACCAAGGAGAUGAAGAAGAUGCAAGAAUUCCUGAAGCGGGAGAAACCGAUUUGGACGAAGAUUUGGGAGAAGGAGCUCCAGCUUGUGUGUGAGGAACGUGAUCAAUUAACCAUGCAGGAAGAUCUGGCUGCGGACCUCGAGGACGAUCUCGAGAAGGCCGCGCAGACUUUUGCUCUGGUUGAGCAGGCUACCAAACAGCAGGCGUUGCAGCAGAAUGUCAACGGAAGCGUUGCUUUGCGAAACACAUCGCGUAACGUGGUAAUUGACCCAGCGAUCGACCCCAUGAAGGCGAAGGAUGACCUUCUGGGUGAGGUUCGCGCACUCCAGCCUAAUCAUGAAUCUCGAUUAGAGGCGAUCGAAAGGGCAGAGAAAGCUCGACAGAAGGAACUCGAGAAUCGUCGGAUAGGGCUCUUCCAGAAAGAGCUUGGGGCGUUUGUUCAAGAGGGAAAGCUGAAGAAGAGCGGCGGCGUGGAAGAGGCUGAGCGACAACGUCGAGUCAAAGAUGAUCGCAUCCGGAAGGAGGUUUGGGAGAGACAGCAAGCCCGAGCAGCGGAAAUGGAGAAGGCAGAAGCGGAAUCGGCAGCGGCAGCAUCUUCCCAGCCCGAGCAGUCGGACCAGUCCGAACAGGCUGAGCAGCCUUCAAUCAAAGAUUCGACAGAAGACAACACUGAAGCAAGCGCCAAAAUUGGAGAUGCAACGAGUAAGGGCGAGGAAAAGACAACACCUUCGGCAGAGGCUUCGGCGUCAGAGGUGAUCGACGGAAAGGGAGAAGAUACUAAGGAGGAUGAGCCAACAACAAGUGAAGGCCCAGUGGACUCGACAACACCGUAA